AUGCAAAUAAGAUGUUGUUUAUUCCCCGAAAUUUCCAGUCAGGUGCGAAAGUCAGUCGACCUGCAAAAUCGCCGUUCACAAAUUGGCCCCGAGUCCCUGAUUUCUUUUAUAUGCUCAAGAAUAAAUAAUUCUUUCUUUCAGUAUCCUGGAAUGUUUGUCCGAUGUCUUCAAGAAACUUCCUCAAUGUCUGAGCCCAUCGCAAAGGUCCUAUGUAUAUCAAGUUUACAUUUUGUGUCAUCUCCUCAUCCAAAGGGGGCUCAACAAUCCAAAUGUGUCGGUAUAUUUCAAGAAGAUCCUCAAGAUUCAGAGGACGAAAGCUUUCAACCUAUGCCCGUUGGUAAGCCGAUUUAUUCCUUUGGUUUAAUGCUAAGACUAUUAUGAUGAUUAUAACUUCUCGAUUUUAGUUGUUCAAGGCCUUCCAGAAUCAUGAGUUUGCAAAAUCCGAGCUGGAUGUGUUGUUUAAUCUUGUCUUCGAACCAUAUCUAACAGAAGGAUACAAGGGUGAUGAGAAUACAUUAUUAGCUAUUAUUAGAGCUUUUAAUGGAAUCUGCGAUAUCCCCCGAUACUUCGGCCUUCUGAAUCGGCCAUUUGGAUUUGGAAUUGAACAUAGAACCCCGAUGACAAUCAUGGUGGACUACUUGUUCUCCCCCGAGUCUGCAAGAACGAACCAAUCAGAAGUUGUUGAGGCCUUGUUGAAACUGUUCCAGGAUUAUAAUUUGGAUUAUCUCCCAUUGCCAGAGAUUCCUCAAGAAGAUCUGCAAAGUGAUGACAAAACUCUUUCUCUUGGGACCAGAAUUGUUGUCAAUCAUGCUGAAAGAUUACUCAAUUACCUGCGUAACACCUUACCCAACGAGAUUAGGUCAUCCAGCAAGGCCACCAUGCUUAGCUUAUCGCUUUUGGAAAAGUAAGGAGUAUUAUCGUAUCAUUUAUUGACCGUUUUCUUUUUAGGAUCAGCGAGUUUGUUCAGGAUUCUUCAUUGGGAAGCGAGUUUUCGCUAACAUUGUUGAAGUUUGUGGAAUUGGGGCAUCUGAAAAACGAACAGAGUCUAAUCUCGGUCUUGACUUCGGUUUCCAAAUUUGUGAAACGUGAAGAGAAUCCAGAGGAGAUAUUCAGAAUUAUAGUCAGCUUCUUGUCAAAUCUGAAGGGAAGAAAAGCGAGAGCAGCUCUAGUUGAACUCGAGACUUCAUUGCGCAACAAUAACAACCUUUCUAAACCUUUACAGCAUCAUUUGAAGAGAUUGGAAGGAUUGGAAUCGUGGGAUAAAAAUAGGAUCGAUGAACCUGAUUAUGAACAGCGGCAUCAAUGUAUUGUGGAAUUGAACCAGAAACUUGAGGAGCCCGAGAAGAAGCUAUCUUUCUUGGCCUUGCUGGCUUAUACCCAUGAGUUGACUUACAAUCUGAUGAAUGUAAGUUAGAGUUUAUAGGAUUAUAUUUAUUUUCAGGUGGAUGAAAUAUCUCUUCGCGCCGCUGUUUCCAACACCUUGGCUCUGAUUGCUACGUUUGCAAAGGAGAACAGACAUUUGAAGUCAAAUGAAAAGAUUACAUUACUCUACGACCAUCUGAUUGUAAUGAUCCAAAGAAUUAUCCGAAGUCCGAAUGAAAGUGUCCGACAUGAGGGGGUCUCCUUACUUGCAUAUUGCAUUGAUCUCUUUGGGAACAAUGAAGAUGAAGGCAGAGAUCUUUUAAGACAUCUGAAAAUACUCAGAGACCCCGAGGACAAAGAUAAGUGUUUCUUCGAGAACGUCGUCCAUCUGCAGAUGCACCGGCGUCAAAAAGCAUUCAAUCGAUUGGCUGUUCAGCUAGAACAAACUGAGGUAAAUUUGUUUAAUUGUCAUUUUAGAUUUCUUUAGGUCAACAUCCCGUUGGAUGUGCUCGAAAGAUUCAUUGUGCCGUUGGUUCGACCUUAUCUACUCGUAAUUGAAUCCAAAUUAUCAACUCUAUCAGAUGAAGCGAUACAUAUUUACGCCCAGAUUGUCAGAUUGCAACCAUGGACUAGAUAUCUGCAGACGUUGGGGAAAUACAUUAGCCAGAUUAACAAGAAGGAGGAACAGAAUACGAAACCGGCAAUAAGGUAAUAACUGUGAUGAUUUGAUGUGAUUUUGGUUGUUUGAUGUCAUUUUUUCUUUUUCAGAGUUUUGUCAGCUAUUUUGAAUCAGUUCCGGUUCAAUGUAAAGGAUGUAAAAUUACCUCGAUCGGAAUACCAGGUAACCAGACACAAAGCGAAAAGAGAAAAAGUCGGAGCAGCGUAUCAAAAAGCUGCCAAAGGGAAGAAGGAAACAGAGGAAAAUGAGAAAUCUGAAGUGUUCGAACAACCCCCGAAUCUGAUGGAAUUGGACAAAGGAAAUGGGCAAUUGGAUGAGAGUCAGAAGAUUCUGGCUACUGUCAUAAGAGUCCUUAUACCCAAGCUUAGAGAAUGCAUUCAACCACCGGUAAGAUGACAUUAAUAUUGCUAAUUGUGUUAAUUAGACCGAAUUUCAUGCUCACAAAAAGGCUCAAAACGCUGACAAUUACCAUACGGAUCAAGAAGAAAUUCUGAGAGCUCCUUUGGCUGUGACAACUGUUAAAUUACUACAAAAACUUCCUAAAUGGGCGAUGGAUAUGCAUCUUAAUGGAGUUAUCUUGACCAUGUUUAAACUCCUUUUGUCUCGAAGUUAUCUGGUAAGACAAGCUGCCAGAAAGGCGAUGGAACAGAUCGUCCAAGCUCUCGGGCCAAGGCUUUUGCCCAGGAUCAUCAACGAAUUGAGGAAAAAGUUUACCAGAGGAUUUCAAGUAGGAGACUGGUAUUUUUGGUAGUUAUAUUUGUUGUAGGUCCAUGUCAUGACUUUCACGGUCCAUUCCAUGAUAUCUUGUCUCCAAGAUUCCCUCAAACCAGGCGAUCUUAAUCUCUGUUUAAAUGAUAUAUUCGAAGUUGUGAAAGAACAAUGUUUUGGAGAGACGAUAACUGAUGAAAGGCAGUUACAAACAGUCAAGGCCAAUACCCCGGAGGCCAAAUCGAACAGGGCUUACGACACUUUCAUCCUUCUUGGCCGAUAUAUUACCGUAGAUGUUCUGGAGAACUUGAUUGAGCCCAUGAAAAAGGUAAAUAAUUUGAUGUAUGGUUUUACCUUGAUUUAGAUAAUUGAUGACUUCCCAAAUGCUCAAACCCAGAAGAAGUUAUCCGAAAUGCUGCGGAAUUUAAGUGUGGGAUUGAAGCGAAACACAGGAGUGGAAGUGGACUCUGUCCUCCAAUUCACAUCAUCCUUUCUGAAGGUGCAUUUAACUGAGAUGUGCAGACAAAGUGAUGCGCUUAGAGCUGCAGAAUUAAAGGAAGAAAGAGAGCGAGAGAAUGGAUAUCGACCUCAAAAUUGUUUGUUGUUGGCUCCAGAACCGAAGAGAUUAGGAGUUAUUGUGAAGACAUCCACCAAGAGCAAGAUGGCCAUCUUUGUUGAGUUCUCUCUCCAAUUAUUCAGUGACAUUCUUGUGGAAAAGAAGGAUGUUUUUGAAGAGAAUGAGGCCCAGAAAAAGAUCAAUGAAUUCGUUCCUUUAGUCACUGAUGCCCUUCGAUUAAAAUACGAAAAGGUAAGCGAGUAGAUUAAGAGGACUUCGGGUUGCUUUAGAUAACAAGUGUUGCCUUGAGAUCCUUACAUUCCCUGUUUCGAUAUGAUCUACCCGCCAUUAACGACGAGAUGGCUAAGAUUGUAGAUAGGUUGUUCAUUUUGCUGGUUGAAUAUGCAAAUUCCAUGGGAACAUCGCAAUUAAAUGUGGCCGAAUUGAAUCUCAUCCUCUUCAAGGUAAUUGAUGUCACUAUCGCGUCCAUUUUUUUUGGUUUUUAGUGUUUUGUUACCGUAAUACGCAAAGCGCCGAAGGAUUUGCUAACAACAAAGAGAAUAAAAAUAUUGCUGAAUCAUGUUGAGAUGGAUGUUCUGGACUCUCACCGGCAAACCACGGCAUUUAUUUUGGCCAAGGCCAUUAUCUCCCGACAUCUGAUGGACGACAAAAUCGAAGAAAUCAUCAAAUAUUUUGCUGAACUCUCUGUGACUUCACCAAUUGAGUAUAUCCGAGAACAAUGUAGAGUUGUUAUCCAUCACUAUCUCAAGAUCCAUCCGAAUGGACCUCGUUCUGCGGAAGGAUGGCUCAAAUUCUAUUUGGAACAGAUAGAUUACGACCUUGUGCAUGGUCGACUCAGUGCUCUCGAGAUGGUCCAUACCAUUUUUGAGUUAUUUACUGAUGUGAGUGCUCGUUUAAGGUGAUUAUUUGCAUUUUUAAGUAUUAGAUAUUAGUAACAUAUUACUUUCAGGCUGUGACGGACAAGUUUGGAUUCCCGACAUUUGUAAAAUUGGCGUCGCGGUUUGCAUCUGAAGACAACGUCGAAUGCCUAAGAUAUUUGAGAGCCGCUAUGAAAGAGAUUAUUGGAUCAGUCUCCGAGAAAACGAGGAAUGAUAUCUAUCUGUCAUGUAAGGAUUGGUUAUCACAGCCGAAAGAUGCAAUCAAAUCAAUUGGAGCGAUCUCAUUAAUUGAGUUCAUAAAGACCCCAGAAGUUAAAUUAAAUCAAUCUCGGAUUAGUGAGAUCAUCAACAUUCUGAAAGGAGAGUUCUCAAAGGCCAAAGCUGAGGACAAUGGAGAUGAGGGAGAAGAAGAAUCGUUGGAAGAGGAUGAAGAAAAGAGUGAAAAUGAGAAGGAAGAAGAGGGAAAUGCUGUUGAGCCAUGCCUCAACUUGUUCACCGAUCUGAUUAGAGUAUAUCUGGAACAAGUUAAAAAAGCUCUAUCCAAGAAAAACGACCUUCAGAAGACUAUUAUAAGUAAGUUAAACCUAUCUGAUAAAUUUAUUUGCAGAUGGGAUCACCCAAUUUCUUCAAUAUCGGAAUGAACCUAUUCAAGUGACGGCGUCAAUCCUGUUUGAGCAUCUCAUGGCCGCCUCUGAAUCCCUGUGGCCUAUGUUUAAAAUCCAUGCUGACUUCUCGAAGCUCUGUAAUGCAUUAAUCUUCCAAUUGAGGAGUAAAAACUUAUCUGAGACCAUGGCCGAACAAGCUAUUAAGAAUCUGGCUACCCUUGCUUCUAAUCUAGUCGACAAACAUUACGAAGAAUUGUGUCACAAACUCGCCGGAGUAGUCAGACUCGAGCUAAAGAAGGAGGACACAAUCACAAAGGUAAGUUGAGCCUUCCUGGUAAUCCGUAAUAAAUCUUCUGCAUGAAAAAUAAUCGCUUGUUUAGAGAAUAAGUGUGUUCAAAUUCAUCGCGGCCCAACUGGCCAUUUAUUCCCCGGAUACCGUCAACUUUGCGGCCAUACAGCAACAUCUUCUUGGCUUUUUGUUCAGAGAAAUUCUCGGAAAAUCCAAGGCGAAUGAGAUCCUUCAAAAUAUCUCCAAUGAGUUGGCCGUCUUCUUGCGCGAAAAACUUGGUGCCACACUCUACAGUAAACUCUUGGGUGAAUUCCAAGUAGAAUAUGGAAAGAAAAUGACUCAAAGACGACAGGAAAGGAAGGAGAUGAUCAUCCAGAACCCAGAAUUGGCCAUAAAACGAAAACAGAAGGUGAAUAAGAAGAAGUCCGUGGCCAAGAAACGAAAAUUGGACGAAUUGAGACCUCAUCGGAUCACCAAAAGAAAACGUAGGGAAGAAAUCACACAGACUGGAGACUACUGA